AUGGCGAUGAGACCAUUCUUCUUCAUCUUCUCUCUAUUUCUUCUGUUUCCGUCCCCUUCAGUCUCAGAUUCAGCUACUCAGUUUUGUAGUGCCGGGAUCAGCGGGAAUGAUGUGGCAUCUUGUGGUGUUCCAUCUCCAUCGACGAGGAUUUUGAUCAAAGGAGGCACAGUUGUGAAUGCACACCAUCAACAAGUUGCUGAUGUCUAUGUGGAAGAUGGGGUCAUUGUCGCAGUGCAGCCAAACAUUAAGGUUGGGGAUGAAGUCACUGUACUCGAUGCUACCGGAAAGUUUGUUAUGCCAGGAGGGAUUGAUCCCCACACGCACUUGGCAAUGGAAUUUAUGGGUACUGAGACCAUUGAUGAUUUCUUCACUGGUCAGGCAGCAGCAUUAGCUGGUGGAACCACUAUGCAUAUAGACUUUGUUAUACCGGUUAACGGCGAUCUUGUGGCCGGUUUCGAAGCCUAUCAACACAAAUCCAAGAAAUCUUGCAUGGAUUACGGUUUUCAUGUGGCUAUCACAAAGUGGGACGAAGGUGUUUCCAGGGACAUGGAGAAAUUAGUCAAGGAAAAGGGUAUCAACUCUUUUAAAUUCUUCAUGGCGUAUAAAGGAUCUCUUAUGGUCACUGAUGACCUUCUCCUGGAAGGUCUGAAAAGAUGUAAAUCACUCGGUGCCUUGGCUAUGGUUCACGCUGAAAAUGGAGAUGCAGUGUUCGAAGGACAGAACAGAAUGAUUGAGCUGGGCAUUACAGGUCCAGAGGGUCAUGCUCUUUCAAGGCCUCCUGUGCUUGAGGGAGAAGCCACUUCUCGGGCGAUACGUUUGGCUCGGUUUGUGAACACGCCUCUCUAUGUUGUCCAUGUGAUGAGUGUUGAUGCGAUGGAUGAGAUUGCUAAAGCUAGAAAAUCAGGGCAGAAGGUUAUUGGAGAGCCUGUUGUGUCUGGACUAAUCCUCGAUGAUCACUGGCUUUGGGAUCCUGACUUCUCAAUUGCAUCCAAGUAUGUGAUGAGUCCACCUAUAAGAUCAGUAGGACAUGGGAAAGCCCUACAAGAAGCCCUUUCUACAGGAAUCCUUCAGCUUGUAGGAACUGAUCACUGCACUUUCAAUUCAACACAAAAAGCUCUAGGACUUGAUGAUUUCCGCAAAAUACCUAAUGGUGUUAAUGGCCUUGAAGAACGGAUGCACCUAAUAUGGGACACGAUGGUGGGGACUGGCCAAAUCUCUGCCACUGAUUUUGUUCGAAUAACCAGCACCGAAUGUGCAAGAAUUUUCAACAUAUAUCCACGGAAAGGAGCUAUCCUUGCUGGCUCGGAUGCAGACAUUAUAAUACUAAAUCCAAACUCAACCUACGAGAUUAGCUCAAAGUCUCAUCAUUCAAGAUCCGACACAAACGUUUAUGAAGGAAGAAGAGGAAAGGGGAAAGUUGAGGUGACAAUAGCAGGAGGAAGAAUCGUAUGGGAAAACGAUGAGCUUAAAGUUGUUCCAGGAAGUGGCAAGUACAUAGAGAUGCCUCCUUUCAGUUACCUUUUCAAUGGCAUUGAGAAAUCUGAUGCUAAUUAUCUUUCUUCUCUUCGAGCUCCUGUUAAGCGUCUCAGAUAUCAACCUACAUCAUAA